CGUGAUUCCUUAGCCUUUGCCUUGCGUUUUCUUCGGGCUCAUUUGGUCUUGCGCUUCUUAGGCUUUAGCUUAGCCAGCGGAACACACCCUUUCGGCCAGUCCCAUUCGCAUGAUGGUCGAUAUAUCAGGCUUGAUGGAUCUUCCAACAUGUUCUCCAGCCAUAAAAUGAGACCAUCGUCACCUUCCUCGUUGGACUCUCCUGGGUUGAUGAUCACUUCCGUAUCAUUCCCCUCCUCUUCAAGACUUUCCUUGUCCUCAAGGAUUAGAAAAUUUAGCGCACCAUCAUCUUCAUGGUUUCGAACUUCACCCUCCAUUUCUUUUCGGCCUUCUACGAGUUGUCGCUCGUAUUCUUCUCGAUUUCUUCGCUCAUGGAGUUUGUCUAGAUACGUGCUUUCCCAUGGGGUAAGUUCUCUCUCCAAAAUUUCCAAUAACUCGAGAUCUUGCCAAUCCAUCUCGUCUAAUG